AUGCUCGUCUUUAUCGCGCUCAUCCUUCCUCUCCCACCCAACUGGAGACGGGGCACACUCAAGUUCUUGUCAAAUUCACCGCUGAUGGGUCAAGUCCAGCACGUCGUGAAGAUUAUCUUUGUGUUCGUGUUUGUCCUCUUUGUGGAUUCUGUGAACCGUGUUGUCAAGGUUGAGGAGGUCAGUGAGCACUCGCACCACCACCACGAUCAACUGUCCGAGUCCAACGUCGCCGCCCGCCGAUUCUACGCCCAGCGAAACAUGUAUCUGACUGGAUUCACAUUGUUUCUGUCGCUUAUCUUAAACCGGAGCUUUUUUAUGAUCUUGGAUCUUCUUCAAAGCGAGGAAAAGACGGAGAUCAUCAGAAACGAGGCAUCGGUGCAGAGCAAAGAGUAUGAGCGUGCAUUGGAGUCGGAGACCAAGCUGAAGAAAGAGGUCAAGGAAUUGAACGACAUUGUGUCCACCCAUGCGUCAGCCAAGCGUGAUCUCGAUAGCCUCAAGAAGCAGGCCAAGCAGCAGCAGGAAGAGUAUGUCCGCCUUGCUGAUGCCAAUACUGAGAUGGAAAAGAAAUUCCAGGGGGUUGAGUUAAAGAACUUGGAGGGCAAAAAGGACAUUUGA